AGCUGAACGUGACUGUGGCGUGCAGGAAGUGGAGCAUUGGCAUGAAGUGGCUCCUAGUGGCUGCUUGGCGCACGCCAGCUGCCCUCCUCUGACUCCAGUGGCACCUGGGGGCCUGGCCUCGCUGACGGGAGAACAUUGGCGUGAAGGCUGCUGGCAACUGGGCCAGCAUUCAUUGUGAAGACCGGAGGGACACACCCUGCUGCUCAUGCCUGCAGGGCUCUGAGAGGAGGAAGCCUGGGGCAGGACCUGCGCCAGUGGCCGCUGGGCACAGCAUGGAGCACCCCAGCAAGAUGGAAUUCUUCCAGAAGCUGGGCUACGACCGGGAGGAUGUGCUCCGGGUGCUGGGCAAGCUGGGCGAGGGCGCCCUGGUCAACGACGUGCUGCAGGAGCUUAUCCGCACGGGCAGCCGCCCGGGGGCCCUGGAGCACCCGGCUGCACCCAGGCUAGUGCCUCGGGGCUCCUGUGGGGUCCCGGACUCUGCCCAGCGUGGCCCGGGGACAGCCCUGGAAGAGGACUUCGGAACCCUGGCCAGUUCUCUGCGACCCAUAGUGAUUGAUGGCAGCAACGUGGCGAUGAGCCAUGGAAAUAAAGAAACCUUCUCUUGCCGGGGAAUCAAGCUGGCUGUUGACUGGUUCAGGGACAGAGGACACACCUACAUCAAAGUUUUUGUUCCAUCCUGGAGGAAGGACCCACCAAGAGCUGACACCCCUAUCAGAGAGCAGCACGUGCUGGCGGAGCUGGAGCGGCAGGCGGUGCUGGUGUACACGCCGUCCCGCAAGGUGCACGGCAAGCGCCUGGUCUGCUACGACGACCGCUACAUCGUGAAGGUGGCCUACGAGCAGGACGGCGUCAUCGUCUCCAACGACAACUACCGGGACCUGCAGAGCGAGAACCCCGAGUGGAAGUGGUUCAUCGAGCAGAGGCUGCUCAUGUUUUCCUUCGUCAACGACCGGUUCAUGCCUCCUGAUGACCCCCUGGGCCGCCAUGGACCCUCCCUGAGCAACUUCCUGAGCAGGAAGCCGAAGCCCCCAGAGCCAUCCUGGCAGCAUUGUCCCUAUGGCAAGAAAUGCACCUACGGCAUCAAGUGCAAGUUCUACCACCCGGAGAGGCCGCACCACGCGCAACUGGCGGUGGCCGACGAGCUCCGCGCCAAGACAGGGGCCCGGCCUGGCGCGGGCGCCGAGGAGCAGCGGCCACCGAGAGCCCCGGGCGGCUCCGCAGGAGCCCGGGCGGCCCCCCGGGAACCAUUUGCGCACAACCUCCCGCCGGCGCGGGGGUCCCCGGAACUGGCCGCCCUGCGAGGGAGCUUCUCUCGGCUGGCCUUCAGCGACGACCUGGGGCCCCUGGGGCCGCCUCUCCCGGGCCCCGCCUGCAGCCUCACGCCCCGACUGGGCGGGCCCGACUGGGUGUCCGCGGGCGGCCGGGUGCCAGGCCCGCUCAGCCUCACUAGCCCGGAGAGCCAGUUCUCCCCGGGCGACCUCCCGCCUCCGCCGGGCCUGCAGCUCCAGCCGCGGGGCGAACACCGCCCUAGGGACCUGCACGGCGACUUGCUUUCCCCGCGCAGGCCACCCGACGACCCUUGGGCCCGUCCACCCCGCUCCGACCGCUUCCCUGGGCGCUCCGCCUGGGCGGAGCCGGCCUGGGGCGACGGCGCCACUGGGGGACUUUCAGUGUACGCGGCCGAGGACCACGAGGGGGACGCGCGCGCCCGGGCUCGCAUCGCGCUCUACAGCGUCUUCCCGCGUGACCAGGUGGACCGCGUGAUGGCCGCGUUCCCGGAGCUCUCCGACCUCGCCAGUCUCAUCCUCCUGGUACAGAGAUCCCAGAGCGCGGGGGCGCCCCUGGGCAAGCCCUAGGGGACCAACACACACUUGCAGGGAAUGGCCCAGCCUCGCCUUGCGUCUUGGACGGGUAGACCUGUGGUUGCCAGCCUGGACCUGAGUGGGCCCAUCAUGGCGCCCCCUUUUCUUUAAAGAUGGUCAGGGAAGCCUGCUUCCUCCUCCUGAGCGGGGUUGUGGGGUCCCGGUGGCACUUGGUGAUCCUCACUGAGGCCGGGGCCUGCUGCGGGGAGGUCCACCCACUUCCGUGGCGGGAAUGAUUUUCCAUGUGCACGGAGACUGCAGGUCCAAGCUGCAGUAGAAUCCACAAGUGGGUCACGAAAUCAAUUUAGUGGGUCACCACCACAAACACAGUGGACUGGGACAGGUCAGAGCGCACCCUGUGCAAUCAGGCUGAGUCUGAACUCUUGUUGCCUAUCCUGUGUCCCUACCCCCCUGGCAGCCAUGUAACUAACCUCAAUGUGGGUCGUAGUCAGAAGUUUAAAAAAGACUGUGAAUGGUCUUGAAUUUCAUUGCUUCAGGUAAUGUUUGAAAUAUGUAGUCAGGUGGCCAGGGGAGGUUUGCUAUCUGGAAGUUUUCAUGUUAGCUAUUGCUAACCCCACCCACAAGGGGAGCCCAGCCUCCAGGUGUGGGCUCUCCUGUGCUCUGAAUUGUGUGGCUGUCCUAUGCUGGGGACAAGUGGCAGGAGUACUUUGUCCCAGGGCCGCCUUCUGGGGCCUUCACACACAUACCCCCACCACACAAAUACACACACACACACACACACACACACACACACACACACACAUGCAGUCUCUCAUACAUGUACAUACUCACACACACCACACAGACACAUACUGUUUGGCUAAGGGUUAAGUAUCUCCAAUAUUUUUUUAGCCAUCCAUCAUGGCAGUUUCCAGAAUAGGCUUUCUACUGUACCAGCUGAGCUGCCUUCUUUUACUUCUUCUUCUUCUUCUUUUUUUAAACAGACAGAGUCUCGGCCCGGCAAGGUGGCUCAUGCCUGUAAUCCCAGCACUUUGGGAGGCUGAGGCAGGCAGAUCACUUGAGGUCAGGAGUUCGAGACCAGCCUGGCUAACAUGGUGAAACCCUGUCUCUACUAAAAAUACAAAAAUUUAGCCAGGCAUGGUGGCACACACCUGUAGUCCCAGCUACUCAGGAGGCUGAGGCAGGAGAAUCGCUUGAACCUGGGAGGCGGAGGUUGCAGUGAGUUGAGAUCAUGCCACUGCACUCCAGCCUGGGCAGCAGAGCGAGACUCCGUCUUAAAAAAAAAAAAAAAAAAAAGACAGAGUCUCACUCUGUCACUCUGUCUGGAGUAUAGUAGUGUGAUCAUAGCUCACUACAGCCUCAAACUCCUGGAUUCAAGUGAUCCCCCUGCCUCAGCCUCCUGAGUAACUGGGACUGUAAACAUGACAGCCGCACUUCACAGUUAAACUGGGGCUGGGUGAGUCAGGACUUUUGCUCUCAAAUCUACAGGUGGGUUAGGAGAAAACUGACAUGAGCUCAGUCAGAGUUUAUUGCCACCUUUCUGGUGCCGUUUAUUCCAGCCAGCUACUGCUCUGGGUUUGAGGAGAAAGGGCCUACUCAUUUGCAAUGGCUAAGAAGUGAGAUGGUGCUGCCAGAGUGCCGACCCCUGAAUCCUCAGGGGGCCCUGGCCUCUCCUGGCAGCAUCCACCCAUUCUGGUUACCAUGCCAGCCCUCCAGACUAUGGCUCAUUUGUUCACUCGAGGGCUUGGUAGCUUGGCAGUUUGGGGAAAGCGGGAGGCACUUCCCAGGGGAAGACCAGAGAAGACCAGCCCCCAGCCCCACAAACUUCCUGCAGCCUGCUGGUGCAGAGGGAACUCUUGCCAGUUUACUACCAGAUUUCAUGAGAUGUUGGCAGGCCUGGGGGGCACCUCAGGGAGAGUGCGUUCCCAGCCCUUUCAUUCAUGGUAAAUGACACCCCUGGGGCAUACAGUGAUGUUAGGUUUUUCUCUGAGACUUCUUUGAUCUUUUAAAACCAGAUUCUUAGCAUGGAUUGAACCAGAUCUGUUCCUUACCCCCUUUUUCCAAAGAGGACGGUGCACCCACAAUUUUACCAUAACAUAUUGGGAUCUCAGGCCUGAAGAUGACCCAUUCUUUGUAAAUAAGUUGGAUUUUCCUCAUGAUAUGUGUGGGUUUUUUUGGUGGGGGGGGAGGGGGCAGGGUUCCGCUCUGUCAUCUGUCACCCAGGCUGGAGUGCAGUAGUGCAAUCAGGGCUCACUGCAGCUUUGACUUCCCAGGCUCAAGCAAUCCUUGUGCCUCAGCCUCCUGAGUAGCUGGGACUACAGUUGCGCCACCACGUCCAGCUAAUUUUUUCUAUUUUUUGUAAAGACCCAAAGCGUUGGGAUUAUAGGCAUGAGCCACCUCAACCGGACUUUAUUUUUUUAUUUUAAUUUUUAUUAUUAUUAUUUUUGAAACGGAGUCUCGCUCUGUCACCCAGGCUGGAGUGCAGUGGCGCAAUCUCGGCUCACUACAUGCUCCGCCGCCUCCCAGGUUCACGCCAUUCUCCUGCCUCAGCUUCCUGAGUAGCUGGGACUACAGGCGCCCGCCACCACGUCCGGCUAACUUUUUGUAUUUUUAGUAGAGACGGGGUUUCACCGUGUUAGCCAGGAUGGUCUCGAUCUCCUGACCUUGUGAUCUGCCCGCCUUAGCCUCCCAAAGUGCUGGGAUUCUAGGCGUGAGCCACCGCGCCCGGCCCCGGGCCUUUAUUUUUAUUUUUAACCUUUUGACAAGACACGCUUUCUAUUAGAGCUGCUUUUUGUCUCCCUGGUUCGAUUUCCUGAUGUAGAAUCAUUGUGUUGCUGAUUUUUCAGUUGAAAAUGUUUAAACUGCUUCCUUUGAGAACAAGUUUGAGUUUUAGUAAGCUGUAAAGCUAUUUUAUUUGAUUCACUGUGAAUAAGACAAGUACAAAAAAAAAAAGUGAAAACACAGCACAUUUCAAGUGUAAUCCCCUUUGGAAUUUUUCCAAAGUCUUAGUAUAUGUCUUUGUGACACAAAAACAUAGAUGGGACAGGUAAAUGAAAUGUUCCUAGUUGCAUAGCUGUUACCAUGCUUCAAAAAUAAAUCAUUUUUUACCACACCUGGAUUCUUUAUUGUCAAAUUGUCUAUUAGUUUCUCCUACUGGCUUUCCCCCAGAUUGGUCUGUUCUGUUAAAAAUUGUGGGUUUAGACUGGGCAUGAUGGCUCAUGUCUGUAAUCCCAGCACUUUGGCGGGCUUCAUGAGUUCAGGAGUUCGAGACCAGCCUGGUCAACCUGGUGAGACCCUGUCUCUACUAAAAAUACAAAAAUUAGCUGGGCGUGGUGGGGCACGCCUGUAAUCCCAGUUGCUCGGGAGGCUGAGGCAGGAGAAUCACUUGAACCCAGGAGGCAGAGGUUGUAGUGAGCUGAGAUUGUGCCACUGCACUCUGCACUUCAGCCUGAGCGACAGAGCGAGACUCUGUCUCAAAAAACAAAAAAAAAGUAGGUGUGAAGAAGACUGAGGUUGUGGCCAGUCUUGGCAGCCACGGUUCCGUGUUGUUCCACCUGGGGGGAUGAGGUGGUGAGGGGCUCAAAUCCACCUUUUCCAGGAGAAGCAGUGAGGCCAUGGCAAGGACCUCCCUUUGCUGGAUGUGCAGCAGACAGUUCCCAAGGACACAGGCUGCUUGCCCAUUUCCUAGACUUCUAAAAUCCUCAUUAUAGAAUUAUGAAGCCGUCUCAUAGAAGCCGCUCUUCUUGUUUAAACCUGCAGCAGAGCUCUCCUCGACUGAUCAAACCAGAGGCUGUUGCCGUCCUGGGUUUGCCCUGAGGCAGCCUUCCCAGAGGCCUCUGGAAGGGGGUUUUGGGCAGAACUGCAGAAUGUCGGGGGUUGAGGAGUAGAAGCAAGACAAGCCACUCUAAUGGGCAUUCUUCCAAAUAAAAUGGAUCCAGCUUUGGUUUGA